AUGGCCUUCACAGACCUGCUGGACGCCCUGGGUGGCGUGGGUCGCUUCCAGCUGGUCUCCACGGCCCUGCUGCUGCUACCCUGCAGCCUGCUGGCCUGUCACAACUUCCUGCAGAACUUCACGGCCGCCGUGCCCCCCCACCACUGCCAAAGCCCCGCCAACCACACUGCAGCCGCCGUCUACGGCUCGGAGGCCUGGCUGAGAGCCACCGUACCCCUGGACCCGCUCGGGGUCCCCGAGCCAUGCCAGCGCUUCACACGGCCUCAGUUGGCCCUCCUGAGCCCCAAUGCCUCUGUCCACGGGGCAGCCACGGAGGGCUGCAAGGACGGCUGGGUCUACAACCGCAGUGUCUUCCCGUCCACCAUUGUGACGGAGUGGGACCUGGUAUGCGAGGCCCGCACCCUCCGUGACCUGGCUCAGUCCGUCUACAUGGCCGGGGUGCUGGCAGGUGCCGCUGUGUUUGGCAGCCUUGCAGACAGGCUAGGCCGCAAGGCCCCCCUGGUCUGGUCAUACCUGCAGCUGGCAGUUUCGGGGGUGGCCACAGCGUACUUCGGCUCCUUCGGCGCCUACUGCUUCUGCCGGUUCCUGAUGGGCAUGACCUUCUCCGGCAUCAUCCUAAACUCGCUUUCUCUGGUCGUGGAGUGGAUGCCCACCCGGGGCCGGACCGUGGCGGGGAUCUUGCUGGGGUACUCGUUCACCUCGGGUCAGCUCAUCCUGGCAGGCGUGGCGUACCUGAUCCGCCCUUGGCGGUGGCUGCAGUUUGCCGUCUCUGUCCCCUUCCUCGUCUUUUUCUUCUACUCUUGGUGGCUGCCAGAGUCGUCUCGAUGGCUCCUCCUUCAUGGCAAGUCCCAGGUAGCUCUGAAGAACCUGCGGAAGGUGGCUGCGAUGAACGGGAGAAAGGAGGAAGGGGAAAGGCUGACCAAGGAGGUGGUGAGCUCCUACAUCCAGAGUGAGUUUGCAACUGGUCGCCCCUCCAACUCAGUCUUGGACCUCUUCCGAACCCCAGCCAUCCGUAAAGUCACGUGCUGUCUCAUGGUGGUCUGGUUCUCCAACUCCCUGGCUUACUACGGCCUGGCCAUGGACCUGCAGAAGUUUGGGCUCAGCGUGUACCUGGUGCAGGUGCUAUUCGGCAUCAUAGACAUCCCGGCCAUGCUGGUGGCCACCACCACCAUGAUUUAUGUGGGCCGCCGGGCCACAGUGGCCUCCUUCCUCAUCCUGGCCGGGCUCAUGGUGAUCUCGAACAUGUUUGUGCCGGAAGAUAUGCAGAGCCUGCGCACGGCCCAGGCGGCGCUGGGCAAAGGCUGCCUGGCCAGCUCCUUCAUCUGCGUGUACCUGUUCACGGGAGAGCUGUACCCUACGGAGAUCAGGCAGAUGGGGAUGGGCUUCGCCUCGGUCAACGCCCGGCUCGGGGGCCUGGCGGCGCCGCUACUCACCAUGCUCGGGGAGUUCAGCGCCGUCCUGCCGCCCGUGGGCUUCGGGGCCCCCUCGAUCCUGGCCGGGCUGGCCGUCUGCUUCCUGGCUGAGACCCGCGACGUGCCCCUGGUGGAGACCAUCGAGGCGAUGGAGAGGAGAGUCACAGAACGCCUGUCCAGGAAGGAUGCAGAAGAGAAGGGUGAAGAAGUUUCUCUUCAGCAGCUGGGAGCCUCGCCCCUCAAGGAAACCAUCUAAGCUGCCAGCAGCCUGGCACUUGCUGGCAGCGCCCCAGCCAGUGUCCAGUUUCCUCCCGUUUCUCCGGGCGCUGAUGGGGGCAAGACUGGCUGAGGACAAAGGCGACUCUGCAGACCCAUGAGAGAGCUGCCCUGACUGCAAGGCUGGGGCUGCUGGAGAAAACCGGUCAGCAGCAGCCCGGUGGCUUUGUGAAUGUGGAGAAAAGAGAAACGGUGCCCAGGGAUCAAAGAAGGCACGGUCUUCCUUUCCAGUCCCUGAAUCUGCCCCUUAAAAACCUCUCUGUUCAUCCUUGUCCCACGUGGAAAUGCCAUGUCUUUGUAGGUUAAGGUGAUAUUUCUGCCCCCCGGUUGUCCCUGGAGCAGCCCCUGCCUGCUGGGUUCCAGGAACUUCAGGACUCAUUUGGCAUUAACUCUUUGCCUUAUAUGAUUAAAGUGCUUCCCCGGUGUGUGACUUGUAUCUUCCCCUGGCAAAUGUCCCCCUAGCAAUGGGCCUCGGAGACAGUACAGUCUCAACACACAAUUGAUGAGUAAAUGAUGCAGCCAGACUCGGGCAAUGGAUAGAGACCUCCACCCAUCACUGGCAUUCCUAGCAACUCCACUUUGCAGAAAUGGGAUGUGAUUUGGUUCCCCAGGAGUCAGGCAGAAGAUCGAGUUCCUGGUAUGACACAGCACCCCUCGGAGCUCAGAUCCAAUAUUAAAUAUAUUUUGAAAGAUUAGAGACAAGUUGGAGAAGGCAAUGUCAGCCCACUCCAGUGUUCUAGCCUGGAGAAUCACGUGGACAGAGGAGCCUGGCAGGCUGCAGUCCAUAGCGUCAGAAAGAGUUGGACAUGACUGAAGUGACUUAGCAGCAGAAACAAGUACAACACAAAUUCAAAUGCCUUUCCUGAUACAUUGCAUUAUUUUUAUUAUCUUAGUAAAAAAAAAAGUAAAUACUAAGACAUUGUAAUGUUUUCAAGGGGUAUUUCC